GUAUCGUCUCUCACCAAGCCGGAAGCAGCACAGGAGAUUCUUACGAUCGAAGCAAAACAAUGGCGAUGGCACCGUCAGCAUGCCUUGUCUCCUUCGCCGCGCGCCCGGCGGUGGGAACAACGACGUUCCGGCCGCGCGCCUCCGCCUCCACCUCGGCUGGCGCCAAGCGUGUCCGAGCAGGAGCGCCCAAGGGAGGCAAGUGGUGGGCGCCGCUGGUGGGUUGGUCCGGGCGUGCGGACUACAUCGAGGCCGCGGCGCCGGCGGUGGUGGCGGACGAGGAGGAUAGCGCGGGGAGGUCGUUCGUGGGCGGGCUGACGGAGGAGAAGGCGCGGCAGCUCCGGGCGCGGAUGGCGGAGAUGGAGAGCUUCCACGACGCCAUGUACCACUCGGCAAUCGCCUCCCGCCUCGCACGCACCGCCUAGGCCGCCGACCGCCAGAGAACCUACCAACCAGCUCGCCGGACAAUCUGAUGCGCCAGUGUACAUAACUGCUUCUUCCUACUUGUACAGAAGCAACCAGCCCGCUCGCCGACACCACCAGACAAGCUGAUGUGCCCGUACGCGUGUAAUGUAAAUACUAGCGAUUUUCUUUUGAUUUGGGGAUCGCCCGUAGUUGAUGUAGAGCAGGGGCGAGAUGAAAGUUGAUGAGGAAAAUUAGAACAUUUGGGAUGUGGUAUUUCGUGUGUCAACGUCUCCAUGAUUACCAUCUAACUAAGAGCAUCUCCACGAUCA